AUGGCAGCCGACAUGCAAGACCAAGACAAUGCACUGCCAGCAGCGAAACAGGAAUGCGCACCAAAGAGAGCCGAGUACAACGAAGAGAGUGGAGUACCAAAGCAACGAGAGCCGGGUAAAGCAAAGCAAAGCAAAGCAAAGCAAAGCAAAGCACACGACCACAUCGCAUGA